CAGCUUCCCCAUAUCUCACACGCAGAGUGCACCAGUUCAUGAGGCAGGUCUGAUCAUCAGAUACUAACAUCAGAAUGUCAGGUCAAAGUCAGCAAACCAGCUCAGGAGGGAAUCUACUACAAACACCUGAACAGGAACCAGCUUUACCAAAACAACGACAGUAUUCCCCUGUCCAUCCACGUAAACUUGGGUUGACGAGGAAACUGAAGAGGGAUUAUAAAGAAGAUGAAAAUCCAGAAGAGAAAGCAAGGAGGCACAAGGAGUUGGAGCUAAAACCUCUAUAUAAGGAGCUUCUGUACACCAUCGCACAUAAGAUGGGUAAACCAUCAUCAGCUCAGGUCUUCACAGACAGCCAGCUUCAUCAGUAUAUUCGGGUGGCUUUCACUAUGACAGAAUCAGAGCACGACAGUCUGAUGGAGAAAGUACAGAGCGCAGAGCACCCAGUGUACUGUCUGAUGGCCACUGUAAAGGAAGCCAAAGGAAUCCUGGGAAAAGAUGUCAGUGGUUUUAGUGACCCAUACUGCCUGCUCACAAUACUGGGAAAUGAAGAGGAACACAAGACGCGACAAAACAGAAAUAAACCAAGCAAAUCUGUUGUAAAAGACGUCGUAUCAAAUGACAAAAUCUACCAAACAGAGAUAAAGAAGCAGACCCUGAACCCCAUUUGGAACCAAACCUUCAUAGUAGAGUUUAGAGACAUUGGUGCCAGCUUUCACCUUGAGAUGUGGGACAAAGACGAAGACGUGUCACUUACUCAGAAACUGGAGGAAAUAAAAACCAACUUGAACAGUUUAAGAAGGAUGAUCAAAGAAGCCAAAAAGGAGAAAGGCACAGAUGACUUUUUGGGAAACAUUGUCUUAAAACUGCAGGAUCUCCACUGCACUGAAGACCACUGGUAUAAUCUGGAGCCACGAACGGAAACGUACCCAGACCGCGGCCAAUGCCAUCUCAACCUUAAGUUCAUCCACAAAGCUAGAGACGAGACUCUGAGUGCCGGCCGCAAUGCUUACAUCAACUAUUGUGGGAUUCUGCAGCAGUUUGUCCAGGCUUACAUCUCCAAGCAGCAGAGUACUGCUCCGUGGAAAGGGGCCUUGUGUGGCGAGGCUCAGAUUCUGCUUGAACUCUAUGCUACACAGAAUGACCUCUCACCUUUUUUGCAAGACCUGGCGAAAUGGGUGGCGUACAGUAAGCUCUACCAGACUUUAGAGGUGGACUCAUCUGUGCUGUUCCAGCAGCUCACCAGCAUAGAGUACCACUGGCACCAGCAGGAACUCCCCUACCAACAGAAACAGGAACUUGGGGAUUCUCUUCAUGGUUUCCUGCAGUACGGACUGUGUCUGGUUGCCAAAUACAGAGACAUCUUCCCCCCAACUCCUAGUGCAACUCCAAAACUACAAACACUGCUCAGGAUCUUGGUCCAGAUCUGUAAGACUCAAGCAUUUCAGAAACUGAACCCAGCUCACUUUGAGCUUCAUGAUGGGGUCAUCGAUGCCAUACAGACAGGUACAGAAGAAUGGUUUACCAUCAAAAAGGGUUUGCAUCAGCCAAUGACUAAGAACCUGGCAGAGAUUGGCAGCGCCCUCUCUAGUUUGAUUGUGGAGGUGCAGGAAGACAUAAAACACAACAAGGAUGUCUGGAACAGAGUGUUUGUCAAUGCUGUGCAAGUUGAUGCGUUCACUGUUGUCUAUCAGAGGUUUGACUCUCUGCUUGCAAAGGAAGUGAGGGACACCUUAUCAGUAAUGGACGGUCAAAUGGAGCAGAAUUUGGCCAAAAGCUUGUUCCCUGUUUAUCUGAGCUUGAAGACCAUCCACAAAGACAAGGCUUUCUUACAGCGGAGGGGAUUACUGCAGCUGACAAACUUUCAUGAGGGCUUCAGAGAGGCGGUGCCUUACUGGCUCCACCAGGCGUUCAGCACCACUCAGGACCGGGUGGAGAGGGCCGUCCAGGUUGAUCAGCUUCAGCCUCUGCAGAGUGGUGCAGUGCCCAUUAAACACAGCUCCUCUGCAGUGGACCUGGUGGCGUGUAUCCAGCCUAUCUGCCAGCUGUGGGAGCAGCUGUCCUGGCCUGACCCUGAAGAGGCCUUCAUGCUCAUGGUCAAACUUACAGAGGAUGUUUGUAAGAUCGUGAUGAGCUACUGCCAACUCCUGAAGAAGAGGGUCAGGUUGUUGUCUGAGAACUCCGACCACAGCAGUGCCAUUAACAUGUUGUGUGUGGUCGUGAACGACCUGGAGCACUUACGGUCAGUGCUGACCCGACUUCCCACUCAACUGAACUGGGCCGGACUCCGAGAACGGACUGAAAACGUCAUAGGGGAAAGUCAGUUCCACAACACGCUGCCUUCACAGCUUCAGCAAGCCCAAAGCGUCCUCGGCCGAGAGAUCCAAACAGCAUUAGACACUCUUGGGAAAAAGUUAAACACAGACAUUGAGACUCACGUCAGAAGCAUGUCAACCAGGAGGAGGAUUCCCUCCAAGUCCACAGAGGAUGCUGCUGCCCCUCUCAUGCGCUACCUGGAGCAAGAGCUGCAGUACAUGAAUGAAAACUUGGUUCAAGAAAACUUCAACAGUCUUCUGACUCCUUUGUGGAAUAACUCGGUAAAAAUCCUCUACCAGGUGGCAAGUCAGCAUCCGCAGCCAGAAGGGCUCAUGGUGUUCUGCCAACGAUUGCUGUAUACGCUGCAGUGCCUGGAGCAGUGCUUUCACGCUGAGGGAAAUGGACUUCCACUUGAUACGCUCCACUCUGAUGAGUACAAGACUCUGAAGGCUCAUCUUACUCACAACUCCCUGAGCAGCCAGCAGCUUGUGGAGAAGUUCCUGGACAGCAAAAUAUGGGAGCAGAAGGUAUUCAGUGGAGAGAAAUAUGGUGCAGUCACCCUCCUUACAUCCUACAGAAGAUCCGACCAAAGACUUCGGGUUGAGGUUCUGAACGCUGUCAACCUCUUACCAAUGGACUCUAACGGUUUGAGUGAUCCAUUCGUACAGCUGUGUCUGGAGCCUAACCACAUCUUUCCCGAGGUGGAGCCUCGCUGCACUCAGAUCAAAAGCUGCGAUCUCAAUCCCCUUUUUGAAGAGACCUUUGACUUCCUGGUUUCCCUGGAUCAGUGCCAGGCUCAUGGGGCGUGCCUAGUCAUCACCGUUUUGGACCACGACACCUUGAGGACGGAUGACUUUGAGGGCGAAGCCUUCUUGGCCCUUAAGGCCAUACCAGGAGUUUCUGGAGCAAAACAGGAAGAAGAACUCAGCUCUCAGCCAGAUGCCGUCCCUGCCCAAAUACGCCUUCCUCUGAUGCAUCCUAAACCCAAUGAGGAUAGCAUCCUGAGGCUGCUGGAGUCCAGGAAAGGAGAGCGGGAGGCGCAGGCCUUCGUAAAGAAGCGACGACAGCGAGAGAAACAAUCCCAGGAAGGCACUCAACCAUAAACAACGCAGACACAUUCCUUUUCCA